AUGGGAUCCCUUUCAAUCAUAACUCUUGGAUUCAUUCCAUCUUUUAAUGGCCAUAUUAUUGUCCCUAACCACUUUGAGUCGCUCUCCGAGGAAGCUGCGUCGCCGCCGCCGUCGCCAUUCCAUUCGGGCACCAUAAUUUGGUGUCUUGGACCUAUAGGAUCCAAUGAUGAAUUUGAAGAAGUUGUGGGAAUACCCUUAGAUAGUGAUGAAGAAGCAUACAAGAAAGGACUUGAAAGUGUGGCUUGGCUAUCCUUGCCUUUCAAUGACAAGAGCAUUAAUAAGUUGGCAAGGUACUUUGAGCUCUCAGGUCUCCCAACUUUGGUUAUUAUUGGAGAAGAUGGCAAAACUCUUCAUUCCAAUGUUGCUGAGGUUGUUGAGGAGCAUGGUAUUGCUGCAUAUCCUUUCACUCCUGACAAGUUUGCUGAGCUCAGUGAGAUCGACAAGGCCAAGGAGGCCUCUCAAACACUCGAGUCAAUUUUGGUGUCUGGAGAUCAAGAUUUUGUCAUAGCAAAAGAUGGGGUGAAGGUUCCGGUUUCAGAGCUAGUAGGAAAGACCAUCCUCUUAUACUUCUCAGCCCAUUGGUGUCCUCCAUGCCGCGCAUUCCUUCCAAAACUCAUUGAUGCAUACCAGAAGAUUAAGGAAAAGGACAAUAAUGCAUUAGAGGUAAUUUUCAUCUCAAGUGACCGGGACCAAGACUCCUUUGAGGCAUUCUUUGGAGGAAUGCCAUGGUUGGCGCUUCCCUUUGGAGACUCAAGAAAGGCUUUCUUGAGCCGCAAGUUUAAGGUAUCCGGCAUCCCAAAGCUUGUGGCCAUUGGAUCAAGCGGCAGGACCGUCACAAAAGAGGCCAGGGAACUCGUUGACCUUCACGGCGCAGAUGCUUAUCCUUUCACCGAGGAGAGGAUUAAGGAGUUAGAGGCAGCAGAGGAAGAGAUUGCAAAAGGGUGGCCUCAGAAGUUGAAGCAUGAAUCACAUGAGCAUGAGCUUGUGCUCACCCGCCGCAGGAUAUAUAACUGCGAUGGUUGUGAUGAGGAGGGCCGUGUUUGGUCCUUCUAUUGUGCCGACUGCGACUUUGAUCUGCAUCCAAAGUGUGCAUUGGAGAAGAAAGAAAGCAAACAUGAUGAGGCCAACGAUGAAGACAAGUCUAAACAUGGUUGGGUUUGUGAUGGAGAAGUUUGCACUAAAGCUUGAAAUCUCCUUACAUGUUACAUUUUCAGGCCUUUAUAUUAUAUAUAUUAUGUCUUGUGAGUUGUGUGGAAUAAUUUGGAUGCUAUAUAAUGUGAUGUGAUUAUGUGAAUGUUUAAUGAAACUAUGGUUUGAUCUUUUUU